GUCGACUCUUUCAGACACUUCUACCCCAACGACAAGAAGUGCUACACGUAUUGGAGUUAUAUGAGGAACGCGAGGGACAAAGACAUCGGUUGGCGACUCGACUACUUCGUGGUCUCCAACCAACUCGUGGCCAACAUCUGCGACAACCAAAUCAGGAAACAAGUGCUCGGAUCAGAUCACUGCCCGAUCGUCCUCUACCUCGCCGUCUAAAGCGUGACCAUAGGAUCUCUGCACUCAUUAUCUCAUCCAUUGAUUGUAUUUUAUGAACCCUUUAACCAAUAAAUGAUUUCAUUGUAUAAUUCAA